AUGGAGACAAAAAGAAAAAAGUAUGAUUUGACAUUUAAGCUGACAGUUGUCAAAUUUGCCGAACAAAAUUCGGGAGAAGCAGCGGCAAGACGUUUCUCGAUUGAUCCUAAGAGAGUGCGAGAAUGUCGUAAACAUAAAGCAGAACUGCAACGUCUGUCGGAGGAAGACGACAAAAGGGCCAGACUGCGAGGUGGAGGGAGGAAGAAGGUCAGUGAAGAGCUGGAGGUGAGCGUGUACGCUUCUUUUGGCCUGCUGCUCGGUGUGUUUGUGGUCUGCGGCCUGGCUCUGCUGGGCCUUCUUGCAUUCGUCUCCUGGAAGCUGUGCCGUGUGCCUUGGCGAACUAAGGCCCAUUUCCCCGGUCCAUCCCCCACCCCGGCCUGCGACCCAGAACUCUGCCUGCUCCAGCCGCCUCUCCUUCUGCCCAGCCCCCAGCAGCCAGCGGUCACCAUGGCGACAGAGAAGGUGAAGGACCCCAUGGGUUCUAUGGGUUUCCUGGAGACGGCAGUGAAGAUAAGCCAUACAUCUCCCGACAUCCCCACCGAUGUGCAGCUCUCCAUGAGGGAGCACUUCCUGCGCCGCACGCAACGCAUGCAGAGGCAAGCCACUGAGCCGGCUUCCUCCACUCGGCACAAUUCAUUCAAAAGACACCUACCCAGGCAGAUGCAAUCAACCAGUCUAGACCUGGGAAAUGACUAUGUAGUGGACAAUGACGAAAAGCCCACUAGCAUCGGCCGCAUCCAGCCAGAGCUCUACCAACAGAAGACCCUGGAAUCAGAGGAUUCGUCCAAGAACGGCAGCAGCAAAAACUGCGGCAGGAUUAACUUCUCUCUCAAGUACGACUACGAAAACGAGGCCCUCAUGGUCAACAUCCUCAAGGCAGCAGACCUACCAGCCAAGGACUUAUGCGGCACAUCUGAUCCUUACGUGAAGGUCUACCUGCUGCCCGACCGCAAGAAGUUCCAGACUCGCGUCCACCGGAAGACGCUCAACCCCACGUUUGAUGAGAGCUUCCAGUUUCCUGUGCCUUACGACGAGCUGGCGAUCAGGAAGCUCCAUAUGAGCGUCUUUGACUUUGACCGGUUUUCAAGGCAUGAUAUGAUCGGGGAGGUGGUGCUGGACAACUUGUUUGAGACAUCAGACCUCUCCAGGGAGACGAACAUAUGGAGGGACAUCCAAUAUGCCACCAGUGAAAGCGUUGACCUGGGGGAGAUCAUGUUCUCACUCUGCUACCUGCCCACCGCGGGCAGGCUCACACUUACUGUCAUCAAGUGCAGGAACCUCAAGGCCAUGGACAUCACUGGGUACUCAGAUCCCUACGUCAAAGUGUCGCUCAUAUGUGACGGGAGACGUCUGAAAAAGAAGAAGACGAGCAUAAAGAAGAACACCCUGAAUCCCAGCUACAACGAGGCCAUCAUCUUUGACAUCCCGCCAGACAGCAUGGACCACGUCAGCCUGCACAUCUCCGUCAUGGACUACGACUUGGUAGGUCAUAAUGAGAUCAUUGGUGUGAUGAGAGUUGGAUGCCAUGCUGAGGGACUUGGCAGGGACCACUGGAACGAAAUGUUGGCUUAUCCACGCAAGCCCAUUGCACACUGGCACCCCCUGCUGGAGUCCAAGAAGUCUGAGAAGGAGUGGAAGGCGAGGACAGCCAGCUUCGACAGCCAAGGAUCCUGCCCCUCGCCCAGGCCCCCUGCUAGUCCCUGAGCAGAGACACCUGUGACCCCGCAGCCCAGAAGGGGGUUUCCUCCCUCCUGCUGAUCCACUUCCUGUCUGUUUGAUCGGGGAGAAACACAAUCCCACUCUCUCUCUCCCUCUCUCUCUCUCUCUCUCUCUUUCUCUGUCCCUCCCUUCCUCAAGUCUAGUCCCAGACCACUCCCAAGAACUGAUCUAGGACCACAGUCAAGUCAGUUAGUUGUGUGAAGCGCAGUCUGUUCAGGUUUUAGGGUUUGAAAUGUGGGUGUUGGUGGUGACCCAGAGCUGCCCUCGGUGUCCUCAGCAGAGAUUGGCUGGACACCCACAGGCUGUAGAAAUGUAAUACUGAGCUGUCCAAGCUGAGGUGAAUGGGUGUCCUAACACAGAGACUUUCCAGAAGCUGAAGAUUUAGCUUUGUGCUGCAGAGACUCUCUCAAAACCUCUGAUGUUGGAUAUUUCUCCAGGAGAGCAGCAGAAGUUCCACAGUGGACACGUCCGGCGUUAGAAAAGGAGGCUUAAACUGGAUCCGAAGCAAUUUCCAAACUCUCCAGCUCUCUCUCUCUCUCAUUGGAUUUUAGUGCUGUAUUACCAUAAAACCAUAUUAAACUGUAGCAUUUUGGAACUA